CUGCUCCUCCACUUUCACUCUGUCUUUAUCGCUCAUCGCUCAUCGCUCGCUGCUCGCUGCUCACUGCAUGCUGCUCAACUAAACCCACAGUGGAGCGGCCAACAGCGGAGCCGCCCUCCCUAAAACGCCGGUCUGUCUCUCCCCACCAUCACACCCUCCGACGUCUUCCCCCACCCACUGCCCACCAUUCCCACCCAUCGAGAGGCGAGGCCCAACGAUGUACCUCGCCUUGUUCAUUCUUUUCGCUGUGGCGUGCGUGCGCGCCCUUCCCCUCUCCCCCCUCCAUUCUCUACACCGCCGAGAUCCACCCCCACCCCCUCCCCCACCAGGGGACGAGGGCGCCCGCCCCCCCGCCUGGGCCAACACGUUCGAUGGCGUCUGGGACGGCGAGUAUCCGUCCUGGAAGUCCUCGGCCGCCGGCGACUGGUGGGACAGCGAAAUGGGCAUCCGCUCGCAGAUCGAGCAGCUCGAGUUCAUGAUCCGCGUCGCCGAGGCGCUGUUGCAGCGCGAGCUCGCGGAUAUAUGGCGCGGCGAGGUGGCCCGCCUCAAAGCCGCGCUCGCCGAGGAGGAGGAGACCGACGCCGGCUUCGAAGAGUCGUGGGUCGGCAAGCCGCUCGAUCCAGAGGUGCGUUACCCCGAGAUGCCGCUGACCCCAGGGUCCUGAGGAGACUGAGGCGUCCGACGGGAACGACGAGACUGAGGCGUCCCGCGCAGACGAGACUGAGGCGUCCCGCGCAGACGAGGAGACCGA